UUAGCAGUGUUUCUUCCUAACGACUAUAGUUUUCAAUUAAUAAAUUGAAGCAAGCCCCGUGGAGAUGUGCCUGUUUGAGCUGCUCUCCUGAAGAAAUGGCAUGGCAGUUAUAUUGGAUCGGUUUGCUCCUCAUUUCAUGUGUCAAAUGUCAGCCCAUGCCCCAGCCUAAGAUUCAGCCUCUUCUUUUGGACAAAUUCGUAAUCUCCCUGUUUUCUGAGGACAGGAUUUUAUCCGGUGUCAUCUGGUUGCAACCAGCCUCAUGCCUGUAUGAGCAAUGGAUGAUGCAAACUAUAGAUCCAUCUGUGGCCACAAGGGACACUUCCUUAAUACAGGCUGAAGUUCAGGUUCCAGAAAACAAUGAAACGUACAUUGCCCCAAACAUGUUUAACAUACCGCAAUGCAGAACUGUGUUUAGUGAGCCGCCUCCCACAGAAACAUACGUGUUUCAAAUUGGACCAAACCUCAGUGAUAAAAAUAACACUCAAGUUAUACGAAUUAUGCCUGGAAUCGCCUAUAGAGUACGAUAUAUAUUGUAUAACAAUGCAACACAACUUGCUCACACCAACUGGUCACAGCCAUUCAAGACACGUGAUCUUCCUCAAAGUCCACGAGAAAUGUACGCUUCUCUUCAAAGACGCUCGGGAGGAAUGGUAGUCAUCACUGUGAUCCUCAGUAUCUCCAUGUUCAUGCUCCUGGUUGGACUUGCAGUCACAUUUGCAACACAUAAGUGAGGGUCCUUAUGUUAGAGACAGAAAUUACCAUAAUGAUGAUGGGAAAAAUCUCAAGCAUUUAUUUGGAUGAGGAAGUGUGUUACAAAUUUUGUAUAUAAGUUAUUGCAGUUUUAAAAAUUUUGAGUAGGUUAAUAAAGUCUGAUAAGGAAACAUUGUAUUACA